CGGUGUGCGAUGGACGCUCUUCAAUGCGCAUAUUGCGGCACCAUCGAGGAUGUGGACUAUGUGUGCAGCCGAUGCAAUUCUUGCUUCUAUUGUUCUGAAGAUUGCCAACGGAAGGAUUGGAGGCAACAUCGAGAGGGCUGCUUUGAGCAGUCUGUGAACGGAGAAACCAACGGUGACAGCAAGACCGACACCGACACCAUCAUCCUGGGCGAUUCUGAAGAGGAUGCGGAGGAGGAGUCAGAAGAGGAAAGUGAAGCGUCCCAAGAGUUUCAGCAUGACAGAGGAGAGGAGGAAGAAACCCAAGAGGUUUGUGAUGCAUCAGAAGAUGAGGCAACGGGUAGGGAUGAAGGCGGAGAGGAAGCAAUGCAGCAAAAUGAACAGGAUGCACAGGACGAACAGGACGAACAGGAGGGACAGGAGGAACAGGAGGAACAAGACGAACAGAACGAACAGAACGAACAGGAUGAACAGGAUGAGCAGGAUGAGCAGGAUGAAGAUGCUGAUGAGGUGGAAGAAGUCCAAGAUGAAAGAGCAGAAGUGUCUGAAGAAACGGACAACUCGGAGAGCGAAGACGGAGAAGACGGAGAAGAUGGAGAAGAUGUAACUGAUGCAAGGUCAGAGCGGUCAGAGCGGUCAGAGCGGUCGGAUCAGGAUGGGAUGGCGGACUCGAGGCAAUCCAACUCCGCAGUGGGGAAACUUUGUGGAUUUGGCCCAUUGGCUGAUUUGCAGGCAGGCAUUAAGAUGGAAGCUUAUUUUCGUCUUCCAGAUGGCAAGCAAAGCUUCAGCCCCUUCGAUGGAGAGUGCCAGGAGAGUUUUGCGUCGGGAGUGGAUGUCCUUUUUGAUUUUGGCAUCGUGCAGCACAUUCCAUGGACCUGGAUCACCUCCGUGAAUGGCGUGCUGGUCUUCGACAAGGAGAAUGAAGUCCCGCAGAGCUCCGCACCGGCGGAAGUUCACACGACGACAGCUUCCAGUGGGUCGGAGGAGCAAGGUGAAGCGCAUGAGAAAAAGGAGGAACUCCGAAUGCAAAAGGAAGAACAGGAGAAGAGACACCAACUUCUCAGACUGGGCAAGUACCUGCAGACCAAGACCAUGCACCGUUUCCGCCGCGAUGCCCGUGGCAUCCGCCGUGAACACGCGGAACGGGUGAAGCAGCAGGAGGAGGAGCAACAAAGAAAGGAAGAUGAGUUGCGCCGAAAAGAAGAGGAACAGAGACGUCGAGAGCAGCAAGAGCAGCAAAGGAAAGCCAAGGAAGAGAAGGAAGCCCGACGCAAGGCGGAAGAAGAACGCCGUUUGGCCAUCGAAGAAAAACGGCGAGAGAAGCUCGAAGCGAAGGCCUUGCUGGCGAAGCAAGAAGCGGAGCGGCAGGCCGAGGAACAACGGCGUCAUCAGGAACGCUUGGAGGAGCAACGACAAUGGCGUCUGGAAUCUGAGAGGCAAGGUGAGGCGGAUUGGAAGGCGAAAGAAGAAGAGCGCAAAAAUCAAGAGCUCCUUCGAAAGGAGCAAGCUCGAGCAAGGGGCGAGCAGAAAAAGGAGGAAGAGGUGAGACGACGUGAACGUCUGCUGGCCCGAAAGCAAGGCUACUCCUGGCGUGCAGAGGUUGCGGAAGCUCAAAAGCACCGGCAGGGCGAGCAGCCUGAAGCGGUACCAGGGCCCCAGCACGAGGAUGCAGCAGCCAAGAGACGGGCGCAGAUCGAGAUGGAAAGGAAGCAGAGGGAAGAGCAAAUGCGCAAAAAGGCGAAAUCUGACACUGAAGAAGGCGUCCCUGCCAACGAGACCUACGAGGAGAAGAAACAACGCUUGCUGGCCCUGGCGAAACGAAAGAGGGAAGAAGUGGCCGCCACCGCCAAAUCCAGGCUUGCAAAAGUCAAGUUUCAUGGUGAGAGCGAUGAGGAUUCGGAUCAGAUGGAGGAUUACAUGGUGUCAGCGAGAAAGCAGAAGGAGAAGUUGGAGAAGGCGACAUCACAGGAAAAUGGCAAUGAGAAGCAGGACAAGGAAGAGGCAAAGGAAGCUCGCCGCCAUGCAGCUGAGGCCCGUUUAGAAGAGCAAAGAACGGCCUGCCUGGAACUGCAACGACAGGUGGAAGCAGCUCAUGAACGCAAGGCUGCUAAGCACGCGAAGAAGGACAAGAAACAUCAUUAUCAAGAUGAAGCAGAAGUGCAGCAAUUGGAUUCCCCAGACCAAGUCACAUCAACCAAAGCUGAGGAAGAAGUUGAUGCUGCAGCUGAAAUAGUUGGUGCAGAUGCCAUUGGAACAGCUCAGGAAAAGCAUACCCCCAAUGCAGAAGAAGGCUCUGCGGAGGAACAUGAAAAGAACCCACUUGCAACACCAGCUCGAGAAAGCCCCAGCAACGCAUCAGCAGAAAAUGAAGACAAUGAGAAAGAUGAAGCUCAGAAUUUGGCACAAGAAGCAGCUGAAAGGAAAGCAGAAGAGGAACGUGCCAGAGAGGCUGCAGCUAAAGAGGAGGAGGCACGGAAAGCAGCAGAAGAAGAGCGCUUGGCACAAGAAGCAGCUGAAAGGAAAGCAGAGGAGGAACGUGCCAGAGAGGCUGCAGCUAAAGAGGAGGAGGCACGGAAAGCAGCAGAAGAAGAGCGCUUGGCACAAGAAGCAGCUGAAAGGAAAGCAGAGGAGGAACGUGCCAGGGAGGCUGCAGCUAAAGAGGAGGAGGCACGGAAAGCAGCAGAGGAAGAGCGCUUGGCACAAGAAGCAGCUGAAAGGAAAGCAGAGGAGGAACGUGCCAGAGAGGCUGCAGCUAAAGAAGAGGAGGAGGCACGGAAAGCAGCAGAAGAAGAGCGCUUGGCACAAGAAGCAGCUGAAAGGAAAGCAGAGGAGGAACGUGCCAGAGAGGCUGCAGCUAAAGAGGAGGAGGCACGGAAAGCAGCAGAGGAAGAGCGCUUGGCACAAGAAGCAGCUGAAAGGAAAGCACAGGAGGAACGUGCCAGAGAGGCUGCAGCUAAAGAGGAGGAGGCACGGAAAGCAGCAGAGGAAGAGCGCUUGGCACAAGAAGCAGCUAAAAGAAAAGCAGAGGAGGAACGUGCCAGAGAGGCUGCAGCUAAAGAGGAGGAGGCACGGAAAGCAGCAGAAGAGCGCUUGGCACAAGAAGCAGCUGAAAGGAAAGCAGAGGAGGAACGUGCCAGAGAGGCUGCAGCUAAAGAGGAGGAGGCACGGAAAGCAGCAGAAGAAGAGCGCUUGGCACAAGAAGCAGCUGAAAGGAAAGCAGAGGAGGAACGUGCCAGAGAGGCUGCAGCUAAAGAGGAGGAGGCACGGAAAGCAGCAGAAGAAGAGCGCUUGGCACAAGAAGCAGCUGAAAGGAAAGCAGAGGAUGGGCUGGCAGAAGAGGUUGGGUAUUCAGCCACAACAGAAUACCAUGGACAAUGUGAACGGGGGGAGGACGCAACCUCUGCAAUCCAAAAGGAACAUGGAGAGAGAAGACUUGCCUGUCCUGAAGAGGCACUUCGCUCCAGGAUGCAAGCGUUCUUGACGGCAAAGAGGCAACAGACGGAGAAGUACCGGGAGCUGGGCAUUCUCCAGGCAAAAGACGUGGAUCAAGAGCAGCUGAAACGACAGUUGUUGGCAUUGUUGGAAAAGAAACGACUGGAGAAGUUGAACAACAUGUCCACUCGUCGCUCCGUGCUGUUGGAGCUCUUGGCCAGAAAACGCUUAGAGCUUCAAUCGGGUGCUUCGCAGCCACCCAAAGCUGUCGAUGAGGAUCCGGAAGUUUCGGCUUUAAGAAGACGUCUACGAAGCUUCCUGCAAGACCAUGGACGGAGACCUGCUACAGCAGAGGAUGACCACACUCUGUCUGAAGACAAGGAGAAGGAAGAGCAGUUGGCGAGGGAGGCCUCCCCAGAGCACGCAGUGCAGGAGGAGUGUGUAGCGCCCAUUGAGCAGAAACAGGCUCAUUUGGAUCGACUCCAAAAGACUCUGCCAGCAUGGACAGUGAAAGCCAGGUUCACGGAAGCUGCCGAAGAAGCAAAGGCAGACCUUGGAACCGAAGCUGAGGAGGAGCAGGCUCUUCAGACUCCGGGGGAAGCGACCGCACCAGCCGACAGUAACGGCGCUGCAAUGGCAUCCACUGCGACUUCUGCGGAUUCCGCGGGGAUGCAGGCAGAGGAACAGCAGAAAGAGCCUGAGCCGACUUCCCCAGAGCAUGCUGAGCAAGAAGAGAACGAAGAGUUGGAGGAGGUGCAGCCACUUGCUUCAGUAGAGCAGAGCCAGCCAACUGUCGCCCAGCAAGAUCCUGCACCCUUUGAGGCCAAUGGAACUUCAGCAUCGCUAGAUGCAAAGAAGAUGGAACUGAAAGACCGCACCUUGCCUUUGUUGAGUUUGGUGGAUUGCUUUGGGACAGCUCUUCAGACUCCGGGGGAAGCGACCGCACCAGCCGAGAGUAACGGCGCUGCAAUGGCAUCCACUGCGACUUCUGCGGAUUCCGCGGGGAUGCAGGCAGAGGAACAGCAGAAAGAGCCUGAGCCGACUUCCCCAGAGCAUGCUGAGCAAGAAGAGAACGAAGAGUUGGAGGAGGUGCAGCCACUUGCUUCAGUAGAGCAGAGCCAGCCAACUGUCGCCCAGCAAGAUCCUGCACCCUUUGAGGCCAAUGGAACUUCAGCAUCGCUAGAUGCAAAGAAGAUGGAACUGAAAGACCGUUUGAAGGGACUGCUGCAAAGAAAGAGAGCGGAAGCAUCUGGAAGCACCUCACAGGCUCUUCAGACUCCGGGGGAAGCGACCGCACCAGCCGAGAGUAACGGCGCUGCAAUGGCAUCCACUGCGACUUCUGCGGAUUCCGCGGGGAUGCAGGCAGAGGAACAGCAGAAAGAGCCUGAGCCGACUUCCCCAGAGCAUGCUGAGCAAGAAGAGAACGAAGAGUUGGAGGAGGUGCAGCCACUUGCUUCAGUAGAGCAGAGCCAGCCAACUGUCGCCCAGCAAGAUCCUGCACCCUUUGAGGCCAAUGGAACUUCAGCAUCGCUAGAUGCAAAGAAGAUGGAACUGAAAGACCGUUUGAAGGGACUGCUGCAAAGAAAGAGAGCGGAAGCAUCUGGAAGCACCUCACAGGCUCUUCAGACUCCGGGGGAAGCGACCGCACCAGCCGAGAGUAACGGCGCUGCAAUGGCAUCCACUGCGACUUCUGCGGAUUCCGCGGGGAUGCAGGCAGAGGAACAGCAGAAAGAGCCUGAGCCGACUUCCCCAGAGCAUGCUGAGCAAGAAGAGAACGAAGAGUUGGAGGAGGUGCAGCCACUUGCUUCAGUAGAGCAGAGCCAGCCAACUGUCGCCCAGCAAGAUCCUGCACCCUUUGAGGCCAAUGGAACUUCAGCAUCGCUAGAUGCAAAGAAGAUGGAACUGAAAGACCGUUUGAAGGGACUGCUGCAAAGAAAGAGAGCGGAAGCAUCUGGAAGCACCUCACAGGCUCUUCAGACUCCGGGGGAAGCGACUGCACCAGCCGAGAGUAACGGCGCUGCAAUGGCAUCCACUGCGACUUCUGCGGAUUCCGCGGGGAUGCAGGCAGAGGAACAGCAGAAAGAGCCUGAGCCGACUUCCCCAGAGCAUGCUGAGCAAGAAGAGAACGAAGAGUUGGAGGAUUCGUCUUCGGCUUCCGAUAUUUCCGAUGGAGAGGAGAGCUCCAGCGAGGACAUUGUGCCCGAGACGGCGCCAGCGACCACCAAGCCUCGACCUGGUGUCGCACGUCCAGUGGUUCCAGACAGUGACGAUGAGGACGACUCCUCGGACGACGGUGCUGGUGGUUUUUUGGGAAUUGUCCGCGGAAUCCAGGCGCGUGCCCGAAAGUCCGACACAGCCGAAGCUGGAGCGGCAACCAAAGAAGCCGCGCCGAAGCGCAAACCUGCGAUGAAAAGGGAUGAGGCCGAAGAUUUGGAACGCGAUCGCAAGGAAACGGCUCGACGCACCUUGGAGCUCAUGGAGGCGCGAAGAAUGGUAGAAGUGGCGAUGGAGGGGGAGAAUGCGAAGAAGAAGCAUCGCAAGAGGAACAGCGUCAACAAGCGCUGCAACGUUCACUUGGUGAGGCAGAGAAUGGACGAGGAACUUGCAGCACAGGAGCGCGGUCCGCGCUACGUCAACAACGUGGCGGUCUUUGUGAAGAAGGGCCAGAAAGAUAUCGAUGCGAACGAGGCCGAAGUUCUGGUGAAGAAAGACGAAAAGGAGAAAGCCAAGAAAGCCAAGGAAAAGGAAGACAAGCAAAAGGCCAGUUGAUUACAAGGUCCAAUGAUGUGCCGUGCCACUGAGGGGGUAGCGCCGUGUGCCGAUCCGAUUUCUUUUACUCGGACCCCCGUGGUGCACCACGGCAUACCACGGCGAGUUCACCCAUCCAGCGCAACUUUGGGCGGAUUUUGCUCAGCGAAGUUCACCAGGGGGAUACUGUACCAGAUGCCUGGUCAAAACGUGUCACUUUGGAGGGGCGAAAGAUUUUUGAUGAGUUUUGAUGCGUCAUAAGUUGAGUCAUAAGAGCAACACCAUGCGAACAUUACAUGGGAAUCACGAUGUUAUGCCUUCGCAAAACGCC